AUGGCAACACGAAGUGCUAAUGGCGGUUCUCAUGAGCCAGUCGACGUUUGGACGAAAAAUAGCAAUCAGCCUGGACAUGGAGAUAGUGACACCCAGAGUCUGGAAGAGAGAAAUGAGAGGACAUUGUUGGAAAACCCCAACAAUGUCACCUCAGAAGCACAGCCUGGUGUUCAAAAGGCCGAAGCUACUGCCCUGGUUUGGACCAGAACAGCUUUGUACACCACAUACUCCUGGAUCUGGUUGUGCUUCUUUGUUCUAUCCAUGCAGUCGGCAAUCAAUUCGAAUUUGAUCUACUACGCAUACGCAAAUUUUGCCUCCGCUCCUCAGAUAUCCCAAGCCUACGUUAUAUCAACGAUUGUUGGUGGAGUAAUGCAAUUGCCCAUCGCCAAGAUCUUGAAUCUCUGGGGCCGUGCUGAAGGCCUCUUGAUUGUUCUGAUAAUAUAUCUUCUUGGCUUGAUGGUAAUAUCUACAUGCAGCGGUCCUGAUGGAUUUGCUGCAGGCUAUACUCUGUAUCAAGUCGGAUAUAGCCAAUUGAAUUUCAUCCUGACCGUGUUUGUCGCCGAUGCAUCAGGGCUGAGAAAUCGGGCAUUUGCAUACGCAUUUAUUGGGACGCCUACAAUCUGUACAGCUUUUACUGGGUCCCUUGUUGCUGAAUCGUUCAUUACUCAUUCCACCUGGCGUUGGGCAUACGGUUGUUUUGCAAUCAUCACGUGCGCAUUCAUCGUACCAGUCGCUGUGGUGUUCAAACUAUAUCAACGCAAAGCUGAAAAGCUAAAUCUCCUUGUCAAGAAUGAUAGUGAUAGGACGGUGAUGCAAUCCGUCGUUCACUAUAUGCACGAAUUCGAUAUCGUUGGGGGGUUUAUACUCAUGGCGGCAUUUGUAUUAUUCCUUUUGCCAUUCAGCCUCGAAACCCAUGGCUUUAGCGGAUACUCUUCACCCACAUUCAUUGCGAUGACAACAGUUGGGAUUAUUUUAUUCCCUGUAUUUGUCUUGUGGGAGUACCACUUUGCAAGAGCCGGGUUUAUUCGUUGGGAGCUGCUGAGAAAUCGGACAGUUAUUGGCGCCUGUAUCCUGGCGGCUCUCAUUUUCUUCAAUUACUACACUUGGGAUCAGUACUUCUACUACUACGUCCAAGUUGUUUAUGACCUUGAUGUCACAAGAACAGGAUAUAUGACGCAGAUAUAUGGUGUUGGGUCAACCAUAUGGGCCGUCAUCUUUGGAGCGUGGAUCCGCCAAACCAAGCACUUCAAAAAGGCGUGUUUAUUCUUAGGAGCUCCACUAAUGCUGUUGGGCGCUGGACUUAUGAUUCACUUUCGUGGCUCUCAAAGCCAGAUUGGAUACUUGAUGAUGUGCCAGAUUUUCAUCGCCUGUGGAGGCGGUACACUGGUCAUUGGCGAUGAGAUGGCCGUGAUGGCUGCUGCAGACCGUGAUGGCGUUCCGAUGAUGCUUGCGUUGAUCAGUCUGUCUUCCAGUGUUGGCGGUUCCAUUGGCUAUUCCGUUGCUUCCGCCAUAUAUUCCAAUACGUUUCCUCAAGCUUUGCUCAGCGCGCUACCGGAUUAUGCAAAGUCUGAAUUUGAGACUAUCUACGCCGGGGGGUCAGCGGUCCAGCUCACAUACCCUCCUGGCAGCGAGGUCAGAAAUGCGAUUAAUUACGCGUGGGCAUACAGUCAGAAGUACGAGUGCAUUACAGCAGCGGCUCUUGUUGGUCUUGCUUUCCCAGCGAUCGCCAUAUGGAAAGACUAUAAUGUAGAUAAAAAGCAAGUCAAAGGCACUGUUAUUUAG